AGGAGGUGCUCGGAUUGUCCAUCAUGUGCGUUCAAUUCUAUGUCGAUUGAGGUGUAGAAAGGAAAUACGGGUGGAUUCGUGCAUGCACACAAAUUCAUACAUCUGGAUUUCUUGGAUGUUUUCUGGAUGUGAGCAUAAGUAGGCUUUCGGUAGGCCACACCAUAAACACCAUGGGCCUAACUGCCUUCAGUAUAGUAUGACUUCAACCUGCAAGAUUGUGGGUAGCCACUCAACAUCAUGAAAAGAAUGUACUGGAUGCUUGAAGAAAGUGCUUCUAAAAAGAAUAUUUCACUGCAUCAUGUGAAAGCGGGACGCUUUUAUCCUGGAAGGUUAGCAGAGGAGUUGCAUCUCAGAGACCUUUGCCAGUCGAGCAGCUACUUGGGCAGUUGGUCAGAAUGGAUCCUGCUCUACUGAGGGAGAGGGAGCUCUUCAAGAAAAGAGCUUUGUCCACGCCAGUUGUAGAGAAGAGACCAGCUGCAUCAGAUUCUGGAUCACACAAGAAGAAGAAGCCCCGAAUAGAAAAGGAGGGCUCAUCAGGAUCCAAGCAGAGUACUGAGUCUAGUAAUGGCAGUUUUAACAUUAAGACAAGCUCCGGUUACAAGUUUGGUUGUCUUGCAAAGAUCGUCAAUUACAUGAAGACAAGACAUCAAAAUGGCGACACACACUUCCUGACACUUGAUGAAAUUCUGGACGAGACCAAACUUCUCGAUAUCGGCUUGAAACAAAAGCAGUGGCUAAUGACUGAGGCUUUGGUAAGUAAUCAAAAAAUUGAGGUCCGGGAUGGCACAUAUGGCUUCAAGCCCAAGUACAACCUGAAGGACAAAAAAGCUUUACUGAGGCUGCUGGACAAACAUGAUCAGCUAGGCCUAGGAGGAGUGCUAUUGGAAGAAGUUGAAGAGGGGCUUCCCAACUCCGCUAAGGCCAUAAAGGCAUUAGGGGAUCAGAUUACAUUUGUGACAAGACCGGAUAAGAAAAAGAUCCUGUUCUACAAUGAUAAACACUGUCAAUUUCUGGUGGAUGAAGAAUUUCAGAAACUGUGGAGGAGCGUUCCGGUGGACUCUAUGGAUGAAGAGAAGAUUGAAGAGUAUUUGAAAAAGCAAGGAAUCACCUCCAUGCAGGAAUCAGGGCCAAAGAAAGUGUUACCAGUUCAAAAGAGGAAGAAGCAAGCUGGUCAGCGAAAGAGACACUUCAAGACCCACAAUAACCAUUUGGCAGGAGUACUGGAGGACUAUGCGGAUGGUGUGCCAGUCAAAAAGUGAAACAGGGAACAUGGACGGCUCCAAUACUCUACAAACUUGUGUUGCACCUCGUGUUCCUAGUGAAUAGCAAAUACUUUGUGGAGUCAGUUUUAGCUAUUAAGCCCAAAGGACAUUUGAAGACAGGAAUUCCUUUAUCUAAAAUGGUUUCACACAAUGGCAUCAUUGAAGGGGAUAACACCACUUUACAAACAAAACCAGUCUGAAAAUGAGUGUAAAUAUUUUUUCCAACACCAAAGUCCGUUUUUGGAGGACAAUAUUUUCUUCUGGCAGUUCUGUACUGAUAAUUCACCUCCCUCCAAAAGUAAAAUGGAAAAAAAGUGGAGAAGUUGUGUGGCGCAUCAGAGACAUCAUCCAGCAUGUAUCAUCUUUGAUGUCAACAUGGGUAUUUCACUUGUUUUACUUUGCACGGGGUUUCCAUCCUCCUUCUAAUAAAAUACUGUUGAACGA